AUGGACGAGACGCUUUCAGAGCUCGCGCCGAUCUUUGAUAUUUUGACGCCGCUGCCGGGCGAUGCGUCAGCGGUAGACAACGGCGGCGGGGACGCGUGGGACGGCGGAGGAUCGGCUGCGGGCGCGGAGCAGCGGGGGCACGGCUGGGAGCGGGAGGGGUGGGGCUAUGCGUAUGGUCCGGUGGCGGCGUUGGUGGCCAAGGCUGGGCGGAAUGCGGAUGAGAUGCGAGAGGAUUUGGCGGCGGCGGCCAACGUGGCGGCCGCGGACGAGGCGGCGCGGCGGGACGCAGGGGAGGGGGCGCAGCCGCAGGGCCAAGAUGCCGCCCCUGGUAAUCAGCAGCAGCAGCAGCAGCAGCAGCAGCAGGCGGGGGACACGGGGGAAAUGGGUGAGCCCGCGUGGUACGCCGCUUGGCGCGCGGCGGCGGAGCGCGCGCUGGGGGAGGUGUGCAGCGGCCAGGUGAUGCUGCUGCUGCAGGACGUGCGCAGCCUGUCAGCGGCGGCCAGGCUUGGCAAGCCGCUGGACGACGGCGUCCAAUGGCCUGCCGACAGCGUCGCCGUCGCGUGGCUCCUGCGCCGCCAAGCCCUGCGCAUGGCGCAGGACCUGCGGACCGUCACCACAGCCUUCUCCGCACCCCUCUGCGACGCCGCCCUCCCUGCCGUCGACGCCGCCGGCGACGGCCUCGCGGCCGCGGGCCGAGCGCGAGCGAGGAGCGCACACGCGCUGCCGCGCGCGGCUGAGCUUGCAGAGAGGAUCGAGGUCGAGGGGGAGGUUGCCCUGGCGCGCGUGAGGGAUGCGCUGAGAGAGGCACUGUUCGUGCUGGUGCUGGCCGCCCUGCACGGGGAGGGGCGCCUUGCCGCCGGAGUGGAGGGGGGCGGCGGGAGCGGUGGGGCCGGGGCCGGGCGGCUGGCGUCGCCAGAGCGGCAAGGCUCACAGCGGGGGAGCGGAGAAGUGGAGGCCGCUCUAGUGGAUUCAGAGUCCGCAGGGGUGAACGAGCACCAGCGGCAGCAACCGCAGCAGCAGCAGCAGCCACAGCAGCAGCAGCAGCAGCAGCAGCAGCAGCAGGCACAACACCCAGAACAGCCACAGCAGCCACAGCAGCAGUGGCAACAGCAGCAGCAGCAGGAGCAGCAGCAACAGCUGCAGCAGCAGCUUCGUCCGUCACGAGAGGCGCCGCCUGGUCCGAUGCAGCCGCUGUUCGGCUUGGAUGACGACGAGGGCCUUGGAACCCGUCUGGGCUAG